AAGGCUUAGGGCUGUGGACUACCCCUCCCGUGAGGUAGUGCGCAACUCCACCCUGUUCGCGGCGUCUUCGAACGCGCCGCGGCAGCCAUGUUGGACGUGGCCAGCACAGGGGCCGGCACCACGGGGUUAUCGAAGCAACUGUCAAGAUGCUAGGGUCCCUGGUGUUGAGGAGAAAAGCACCGGCGCCACGGCUACUCCUCCGGCUGCUCAGGUCCCCAACGCUCCGGGGCCAUGGAGGUGCUUCUGGCCGGAAUGUGACCACUGGGAGUCUCGGGGAGCCGCAGUGGCUGAGGGUAGCCGCCGGGGGGCGCCCUGGAACAUCCGCCUUGUUCUCCGGACGCGGGGCAGCCACCGGGGGGCGCCAGGGAGGACGCUUCGAUACCAAAUGCCUCGCGGCUGCCACUUGGAGACGCCUUCCUGGCCCCGAAGAAACACUCCCAGGACAGGACAGCUGGAACGGGGUCCCCAGCAGGGCCGGACUGGGCAUGUGGGCCCUGGCCGCAGCGCUGGUGGUUCAUUGCUACAGCAAGAGUCCGUCCAACAAGGAUGCAGCCCUGUUGGAAGCUGCCCGUGCCAACAAUAUGCAAGAAGUCAGCAGCCCCAAGAGACUGCAAAGAAUGAUGCUCAGUCAAGAAGCUGGGCAGGGCUGAAAGCUGGAGUCUCACUGAAGAACACCAAGAUUUCCCCCUCUGAAUGGCCCCUCAGGCUGUUGUCAGAAGGUGCAGAUGUCAAUGCAAAGCACAGACUUGGCUGGACAGCACUCAUGGUGGCAGCCAUCAACCGAAACAACAGUGUGGUACAGGUCCUGCUUGCUGCCGGGGCUGAUCCAAACCUUGGAGAUGAUUUUAGCAGUGUUUACAAGACUGCCAAGGAACAGGGAAUCCAUUCUUUGGAAGAUGGGGGACAGGACGGUGCAAGCUGGCACAUCACAAACCAGUGGACAAGUGCCCUGGAGUUCAGGAGAUGGCUAGGACUCCCCACUGGCGUCCUGAUCACCCGAGAGGAUGACUUCAACAACCGGCUGAACAACCGCGCCAGUUUCAAGGGCUGCACGGCCUUGCACUAUGCUGUCCUUGCUGAUGACUACCGCACUGUCAAGGAGCUGCUUGGUGGAGGAGCCAACCCCCUGCAGAGGAAUGAAAUGGGACACACACCCUUGGAUUAUGCCCGAGAAGGGGAAGUGAUGAAGCUUCUGAGGACUUCUGAAGCCAAGUACCAAGAGAAGCAGCGGAAGCGUGAGGCCGAGGAGCGGCGCCGCUUCCCCCUGGAGCAGCGACUGAAGGAGCACAUCAUUGGCCAGGAGAGCGCCAUCGCCACAGUGGGUGCUGCGAUCCGGAGGAAGGAGAAUGGCUGGUACGAUGAAGAACACCCUCUGGUCUUCCUCUUCUUGGGAUCAUCUGGAAUAGGAAAAACAGAGCUGGCCAAGCAGACAGCCAAAUAUAUGCACAAAGAUGCUAAAAAGGGCUUCAUCAGGCUGGACAUGUCCGAGUUCCAGGAGCGACACGAGGUGGCCAAGUUUAUCGGGUCCCCACCAGGCUACGUUGGCCAUGAGGAGGGUGGCCAGCUGACCAAGAAGUUGAAGCAGUGCCCCAAUGCUGUGGUGCUCUUUGAUGAAGUAGACAAGGCCCAUCCAGAUGUGCUCACUAUCAUGCUGCAGCUGUUUGAUGAGGGCCGGCUGACAGAUGGAAAAGGGAAGACCAUUGAUUGCAAGGACGCCAUCUUCAUCAUGACCUCCAAUGUGGCCAGCGACGAGAUCGCACAGCACGCGCUGCAGCUGAGGCAGGAAGCUCUGGAGAUGAGCCGUAACCGUAUUGCCGAAAACCUGGGGGACGUCCAGAUAAGUGACAAGAUCACCAUCUCAAAGAACUUCAAGGAGAAUGUGAUUCGCCCUAUCCUGAAAGCUCACUUCCGGAGGGAUGAGUUUCUGGGACGGAUCAAUGAGAUCGUCUACUUCCUCCCCUUCUGCCACUCGGAGCUCAUCCAACUCGUCAACAAGGAACUAAACUUCUGGGCCAAGAGAGCCAAACAAAGGCACAACAUCACGCUGCUCUGGGACCGCGAGGUGGCAGACGUGCUGGUCGACGGCUACAAUGUGCACUAUGGCGCCCGCUCCAUCAAACAUGAGGUAGAGCGCCGUGUCGUGAACCAGCUGGCAGCAGCCUACGAGCAGGACCUGCUGCCAGGGGGCUGUACUCUGCGCAUCACGGUGGAGGACUCAGACAAGCAGCUACUAAAGAGCCCAGAACUGCCCUCACCCCAGGCUGAGAAGCGCCUCCCCAAGCUGCGUCUGGAGAUCAUCGACAAGGACAGCAAGACUCGCAAACUGAACAUCCGGGCACCCCUGCACCCUGAGAAGGUGUGCAACACCAUCUAGCAGCCACCUGCCUGCUCCUGUGUGCCCUCACCAUCCAAUAAAGGCCCCUUGGCAGUGGCA